CUCUUCAAACGAAAAGGUGCCAAGCCUAAUUUUAAGGAAUAUGUAUAUACUGGAUUAGUUUUGCAUAUUGCAGCAACUGCUUCUAAAGAGAGAGAGAAGAGAGAGAGAAUGAAGGCAUCAGUGGGUACCAGAGACUGUAGCGGCAUUUCUUUCAUCCCUACGUCGAAUUCGACCAAAGACUCAACACUUUUCCUGCCCAGAACCUCGGUCGUUCGUAUCCACCAGUCGCCAACCAAAAACAGUGACAAAACUCUCAUUUUCACUGCAAAACGAGCUUCACCACCUAGAACCCUCGUCUCGGCUUCCUCUUCAGAUCGCACCGCCGUCGAAAGAGAGCCUCCGGCGAAGCAGCUCCGUCGGGUUCUCGAUUCGCCCGGGAUUCACCAGGGCCCUGCUUGUUUCGACGCUCUCAGUGCAAAGCUCGUGGAGUCAGCUGGCUUCGAUUUUUGCUUCACCACUGGAUUUGGAAUAUCAGCUUCUCGGUUGGGGUUGCCUGAUACAGGACUUACUUCAUAUGGAGAAAUGGUGGAUCAAGGUCAACAUAUCACCCAAGCUGUGUCAAUUCCCGUGAUUGGUGAUGGAGACAAUGGGUAUGGUAAUGCCAUGAAUGUCAAGAGAACUGUCAAAGGGUAUAUAAGCGCUGGCUUUGCUGGAAUUAUUCUCGAGGAUCAGGUUUCUCCCAAAGCUUGCGGUCAUACACAAGGAAGAAAAGUAGUUUCUAGAGACGAAGCAAUCAUGAAGAUAAAAGCAGCUGUUGAUGCUCGGAAAGAAAGUGGCUCUGACAUUGUUAUUGUGGCACGGACAGACUCUCGUCAAGCAGUAUCACUUGAAGAAUCAAUCUGGAGAUCACGGGCUCUAGCUGAUGCUGGGGCAGAUGUUCUUUUCAUUGAUGCACUUGCUUCAAAAGAAGAAAUGAAGGCCUUUUGUGAAGUUUACCCUCUAAUUCCAAAGAUGGCCAAUAUGCUUGAAGGAGGAGGGAAAACUCCAAUUCUAAAUCCUAUUGAACUUGAGGAUAUUGGAUAUAAACUUGUGGCCUAUCCGCUUUCUUUAAUGGGGGUCUCUAUACGUGCAAUGCAGGAUGCACUAACAGCCAUCAAAGGAGGUCGAAUUCCUCCGCCAGGAAGUAUGCCUUCUUUUGAAGAAAUCAAAGAGAUAUUAGGUUUCAACACCUAUUACGAAGAAGAGAAGCGGUACGCUAGUCGAAUUCCUUUGCAGAGAGGUUAUUUGCCGGCAAGCAGCGCCUUUGGAAUUCAACAAGGGGAUGAGGAGGAUACGGAGCAGAGAGGUCAAAGUCCACAAGAGCCUGUGGUAGAAGUAAUAACUCCUGAUGUAUACAAUAGCUACCGUGCAGAUGGUUCACGAGGUCCAUUUUCAGGGAUUUGGUCGCGAACAUUGAGAGUCAAAAUUACCGGACGUGAUGGAUUUGAAAGACUUGAUGUUCGGAUUCCUGCUGGAUUUUUGGAAGGCCUCACAAAUAUUGUUCCAGCAUUAGUAGGUGUCAACAUCAAGGCACUGCUGGAUGAUGCAGCUUUAGAAGUGGGAGGCAAGCAGCUGUUAGAUUUUAAUGAUACAGGGGGUGACAGGAUUCAAGUCUUUUUGGAGUAACUAAAUUCUGUUCGACCCUGAUGGCCCCAACACUGUGGUGCGUAUAUUCGUAAUUUACUCGUGAUAAAUAGAGAUGAAGUCACUUUGGAA